AUGUCCGAUCCCGAACUGGCAACCAAAGCGCCGGAAUCUGAUGCCAUGGAGACCGGUGCCGGUGUGGGAGAACACUGCGUGACAGACAGGCCCAACCCAGAUGAUCGUCAGCCUUCAGGUGAGAUGACUAAGUUUGGCGACAUCGAUGUCUACGUCUCAAAACCUGGCGACUAUCCUAAUUCGCCCGCGAAACUACUUCUGCUCCUCACUCCAGGGACUGGUGUUCAUUCUACAAACAAUCAAAUCCAAGCCGAUAUAUUCGCGUCUGAAGGAUUUGUUGUCAUCAUGCCGGAUCAAUUCAGGGGUGAUGCAGCACCAAACAGCAAAGCCAUUCCGGCCGAAGAGCAUCCGAGUAUCUUGGAGCAGGUCAAACUGCGAGCUGCCGAAACCGCUAAAUCUUUCCUUGUGGACAUGUGGCUGGCCAGACAGACACCCGAGAAAGUCAUACCCAUACUACUCAAAGUGAUCGAAGCAGUCAAGGAUGAGUAUGCUGACGCCAUUGCACACGGAGAAGGGAUCUACUCUGUAGGAUAUUGCUUCGGCGGGAAGUAUGUGAUCAUGCUGGCAGGAGAACAUCCGGAUACCGUGGUUGCAGGGCAACCACAGGGGGAUGAGGAGGUCGGAAUGGUGAAGAAAGGCCCGCUUAUCAAAGCCGGUGCUGUGGCCCACGCAACGUUGGUGACGCGCGAAGAUUUCAAGGCUGUGCAAGCCCCUUUGGCGUUGGCUUGCGUCGAAAAUGAUCCAUUAUUCCCUGAAGAGAUCCUACAAGAAGGUCGAAAACAGUUCGCAGCAAGUAACAUUAAGCACGAUAUCCAGGUUUACUCGGGCGUACCGCAUGGUUUCGCUGUCUAUGGAGAUUACGAUUCGCCUGCAAUCAAAGAGGCCCAAGCAGCGGCCUUCCAGCAAAUCCUCACUUGGCUCAAAUCGCAUUGA